AUGGACAUGCUGAAAUUCACUCGGCCAGCUCAAUGUGGAAGACGCCUUGCAUUUCGAAGACUCUACUCCUCCGCUCUGACUAAAAGUAGAGUUCAACUCGUCGCAGAACUUCGAAAAAUUUCCAAUGCCCCCAUCAUAAAAGCUCGCCAGGCGCUUGACGAAAGCAACGGUGAUUUUGAAGCGGCUGUUCGAUGGCUGGAGGAGGACAUGCGUCAAUCUGGCGCCGCUAGAGCAGAAAAAGUCAAAGACAGAGUUACAUCCGAAGGCCUCAUAAGUAUUUCUGUCCUUGAAGGAGGUAUGGGAUCUCAUAUAGGCAGCGGCUCUGGGCGGGUCAAAGCGAGUAUCAUCGAACUCAAUUGCGAAUCCGAUUUUGUCUCUCGGACAGACGAAUUCACGCGUCUGGCGAGCGAGAUAUCGAAUAUUGUUGCCCAGUCGCAGACACAGCAACAACAUACGACUUCGCCGUUCACAUCUUUGCCUGUGGAAAAUCUAUUACAACUGUCACACGAAUCUGGCACCGUUGGUUCUCUCAUAACAGACCUUAUUGCUCGUAUUGGAGAAAACAUUUCUCUCCGCCGAGCUAUGCUUCUUACUUCCCCCAAUGAUUCGAAUUCUACCUACCGUGUUGCUUCAUAUCUCCAUCAGGGCCGCGUUGGCGCACUGGACCUUAUAGCCUUGCGACCUUCACAGUCUUCACUAUUCAAUGACGACUCUUUCGUUGGGGACCUUGAAAAACUCGAGCGUGCACUAGCUAGACAGACCGCUGGUUUUAUGACGCUUGGUAUCAAUGAAAAACGGAAUCCAGAGGACGAGUUGGAGACCGUCUUGUAUCAACAGCCAUUCAUGAUGUUAGGAGGAGAAAAUGCCUCAAUGCCGGUCAGGAAGGUAUUAGAUCAGUGGCAAGAGAAAUGGGGUCUUGAGGAAUUCGGCGUAUCUGACUUCGUAAGAUGGGAAGUAGGGAGGGAUUGA